AUGGCUGACAUGUUAUAUCAAGCCACGAAGUACUUGAACGCUGAAGAUGCCAUGAUUGCUAGAGGGGGCAGACUGAAGAAGCGAGAGAAGUAUGACGAUCCCCAUCCAUACAGGGGAAGAAAGGAAAGGGACAAGGCCAUAGUCGAAGAAGUUCAUAAGCUAUUGAAGGCUGAUUUCAUUAAAGAGGUCUACUCUCCCGAAUGGUUGGCCAAUGUGGUAAUGGUCAAGAAGGCAAACGGAAAGGGGAGGAUGAGUGUAGACUUCAUCGACUUGAAUAAAGCUUAUCCAAAGGACAAUUACCCCAUCUUACGGAUCGACCUCCUUAUAGAUUCGAUGGCUAGACACCAAUUGCUAAGUUUCAUGGAUGCCUUCUUCGAGUACAAUCAGAUCAAGCUUGAGGAGUCCGAUUAA